AUGACACUCGAAGAGCAAAUACAAGAGAUCACUGCUGAUAUCCACGAACUCAAACGAGUGAUCGACUAUACUACUCGUCCUCGCAUAAAGGAAAAUCUGGAGCUUCAACAACGCAAAUUCGAAAAGGAAUUAGUCCAACUUCAGGAAAAGCUUCAGAAGCAGCAGCAACAACAACAAGAACAACAACAGGUUGCUGCUCAAGCAGAAGAAAAAUCAGUUAGUGCCAGUGCCCAAUCAACAGCUACCCGAUCCUACACAAAAGAUAUAUCAGUCUAUGCUUGUAGUGAGCUUAUAAAUAAUAAUGCAGUAACACAAGCAGCUGGAACAACAACAAAAUCAUCCGAAUUACUAGAUCGAUAUUGUGAUACACUUUUGAGAAAAGGGAAUCAAUCAAUCGAAGAGACUGGUCUUAAAGUAAAAAUUCCAUCACAUAAUGGUGCUACUAUGCAUUUCAAAAUAUAG